AUGGCACGACAGCUCCGUCCGCGAAAGACUCGCAAGAACUAUGCCGCGCUCCUUCGAUAUGAGGAUGAAGACGCAGACGAAAACGAACCUGGACCGUCUCAGCCCCAGCCUACCUUUGACGAAGAAGACAGCGGAAGCGAUUUUGCGCCACCGCCCGCUGACGACGAUGCUGAUGAAGUGACCGAGGACGAGAAUGUUGAAGCUGAUCAGAAUCCUGAAGAGGAGGAGGAGGAUCAACUUGAUGAAGACGAGGAAGGAUCCGUUGGGCCUAACCGGGACGUGCUCGGAACGGGGCAGGGAAGAGGUCGAGGAAGGGGUGGAAAAGGUAAAGGCUCUCCAAAAGAUUCUUCGACAGUCAACAUUGGAGUUGGACGCGGUCUACGCUCUGCUCCGAAGAAUCAUACACUCCCUGCGCUUAGCGUUCAUCAUCGUCACAAAGCCAUUCCGAUAUUUCAUCGCUACGGGCGCGUGGAACGACUCGUCAGGCCGCCAGUGCUUUUUGGAGAGAACGAGACGGUGCCGACGAAUAGCUAUACGUCAAGUAGGGUCACGACGGGUAAGUUGAACAGGGCAUGGGGAUAUAAUGUGGGAAAUGGGCCGUUGUGGGCAUUGAGUGAGGAUAGGGGGUGGUACAAGGAAGAGGAGGAAGGCGAUGGAGAGGAGUGGUGGGAUGGGAACAGAAGGCCUAGGGUGCACGAUGAUGUGAACUUGGUAGAAGGGUGGUCUGUGCUCAAUGACACGAAUGCUGCAACCUAUCUGCCGUCCGAUAGUGUAGCGACGGAAGAAGGCAGUCUGAAGCCUCCUCCACCCAUCGAAUGCUCCUUUGGACCCUUCGGAAAGCAGAAGACAGUAAAGAUGCAACCGCUUGACGCAGUUCGGCUUUCGGAAUUCAUGCCAGAGAGUCGCUCUCAUGUGUUCAAUGCGGGUGCCCCUGUGUGGUCCAUCGACUGGUGUCCAAUACACGCAGAAGACCGUGCAAAUCUGGAAUACAAGCAGUAUCUAGCAGUAGGACCUCUUCCUACAUCUACCCACGCACCGGAAGCUGGCGUCAAAGUUGCAAGGCCAUCUCCAGCGUGUAUUCAGAUAUGGAGCUUGUCACCUACUCAGCCUGUAGAUUCUGCUGCGUCAAAAGACGAUCGAGGAGUGAUGCGCUGCGAGAUGGUCUUAUGCAUUGACUGUGGUCCUGCGUAUACUUUGAAAUGGUGCCCUCUUCCAGCCCACGACAAAAUGUCAGUUGACGCCUCCGACCAACCUCGAAAGCUGGGACUGCUUGCCGGGACAUUUGAAGAUGGAUCUGUCUCCAUCUUUGUUGUCCCUUACCCCCAGGACCUCCUGGAUUCAGAACAGCCAGGUCCUUUGUAUGUGAAGCUCCCGGAGCCGCUCCUACGAAUCGAACUCGAGGAAACAUCGUGCUGGACGUUAGACUGGGCGAAUAGCGAGCUCAUCGCCGUCGGAUGUGCUAAUGGUGCGAUCGCAGUCUAUGAUAUCGGUGACACCCUGCGCUCUAGGAAUCUCGAUAAUAGCUUAUUACCAACGCACUAUAUCGUCAACCAUCAGUCGGGUGUGCGCGCACUGUCCUGGAUCCGUGUACCUGCAACAACACCAGACGGGACGGCCCUCACAUCAGAAGAUCCGACUGUCAUUGCUAGCGGUGGGUACGACGGUGUUGAGUGUUUCACUGAUAUCCGCGAGCUUGCGGGCCACAUCAUGAAUCGCACUCGAGAUGUGAUACCCUGCAUGCCGUAUUCGCCAUUUGCCGGUGGACCGAUCACGAUUGACCACGAGAAUAUCGUCAAGGCUUAUUCGGCCUCGCUGAGCAUGCUAGGUAGAGGCCAUACAUUGGUCGAGCCGAACGGCCCUGUUUGGACAGCUGCUGCUUCAGAUUUUCAUCCCCAGCUGGCUGUAGGCUCUGCAGACGGAACCUGUACUACAACAAACAUGCUUCGCUCCACUCGUCGUGGGGGUCUUGUCCCCUUUCUCAUGCACAAAGUGUAUCAGCUCGACUACAACCGUGCUACACAGAGCUAUCGUAUGCUAGACCGUUUCUUACCUCAAGAAACACCCGACCGCUCAUCCGCAACCAUCCGCGCCAAAAAGGGAGCACCGACACCUGAAGUCGGCACUGGCGCCUGGCCCGCCAACAUCGGUGUACUUCAGGCGGUGUGGAACUCUGGAAGUGGCCUCAGCGGGGCACCGCUGUUGGCGACUUCUACGGCGUCUGGUUUAUGUAGGAUCGACUACCUUGCGGGAAGAUGGAUCAAUGAAAGGUUACCGUACGGUGGCAUUGAAGGGAUCAGAGGAGAGGUGGAGGGCAUGGAUGUCGAUGAGGAUGAUGACUCGAGUUGA